GCGGCAUCGUGCAUGGCAGCAUUCAACGAUCAUCCUGGUGGCUGUUUCGGCCCAUAUUCUCACCCAAUUUCACUGUUCACCCCCCGUUCAGCUCUCCCCGGUUUCUCUUCCCUGCCCCGUCCUGCCAUCUCUUCUUGCAACCUAGCUCACCGAACACAAAUAUCAGGAAACGGCGAGCCUACGGGCACGAGGAGGCGCCUACGGAGUCUAUGUUCUAUAGCCUGCCCUACUCGCCAGCCCUACUGAACAACCUUUCAUUGCCAGCCGACCACCGGUAUAUACUGGAUCAAGGCUCUCUACCAUAUGUGCUGCCUCCCUCUAGCCCUCUCUCUCUGACACGACCGGAAGCUCAGCAGUAUGUCCUAGAACAAGCGGCCUUGAUACUUAACCAACCUGUAGACGCUCUCCUGGAUCUCAGCAACCAUCACUACCCGUACUACAACAACCCACCACAGCACUUGGAUCAGGAUACCCCUCAUCACUUCUCAAAGAAACCCCGAUUGAGCUCGAGCAGCCAGAUGCCGACACAAUCGUACUCCGACGAGCAAGAAAAGGACACGACGGUCGCCCAGGCAGACGAUGGUUUAAACUCAGGAUGCGGAUCCCAAGGCCUUUUUCCGGGCACAGACUCUGGAUCAGGAUGGACUGGUGCGCGGCUAGCUGACUGUUUUGCGAGCUUCUCUAUGUGCCCCCCGUUUGAGCCUCAAUCUUCAUAUCAACCUUUGCUGGCCCGUACGUCGUAUGAGUAUGAUGAUAAUGGGUCGCCGGGCUUGGAUACUACCGUGGUUUCGGUGCAACCUCAAGCCCAGGUCGCUCUGGUCACUCCGCCGGUCAUUUCGGAACCUUCUUCCCUUUUCCCAUGCGAUGAUCCCGCGCUGAUGGCUCAGUACCUCCCAAACUAUCCUCCGCUACAACCCGAGCGGAUCACAGGUCUGCAGCCAGCUACCAGUCGGGAAGAGAUGAUAUACCCGAUCGUGUCGGCAGCCGGCAACGCUGACGGUGCUCACUGCGUCUCGGCCCUUAGAGGUCAACCUCAGCACUAUGCCCCGGUGCAGACAGGCGCCGUGCCAGUCACAUACGCUGGCAGCAGUGACGCCUCGCCUUUCAAUGGACACGGUAUUGUCAUGAAUCCGCCGCCGCGCUUCCAUUCAGUCCAAUGCUUCGAUGUUGUGUCGAGGAUCGAGAAUGCGAGUACACAGAAUGAUUCUCCCGUUCUGGAUUUCUUCCCUGCCCAGAGAACGGCACCUGUCAAGCGCGGGCCUUUCAAGGACCAAGAUUCCCGAGAGAAAACAGCCCUGACCAGAAAGAUGGGCAGCUGCAUUCGUUGCCGAAUGCAGCGCAUCCGAUGCAACCUUGAUCCGGAAAACGAGAAAGGCCCGUGUCUGUCAUGCAAGAAAAUUGCCAGCAGUGCCAAGGUGUACCGGCUGAACUGUUUACGGCUGAAAAUCACGGACGUGAAGCUGUUUAAGCCUGGUCAAGUCAAGGGACAGGAGUGGACCAGUCGCUGGAAAGAUAGCGUGAUGGACGACAUUGGCAGCUGGGAACCGUCACAGCCGCGCGUCAUUCGGGUCACAGAGGGCUACACUGGCCGGUCAGUGGAGCUGCAGGUUCGGCAGUUCAAGCCUCAGCAGGGCGACAAGGUCAAGAGGUCCUGGGUGUCGAAAGAUGGCCGGAGGCACGAAGUUCAGAUCCCGACUUAUGCCAUUGUCAACAUGGAUGACGCCAAGGCCAGCUUCGACAAGUACAUUCGGACGAGUCUAGGGGCUUGCUGCAAGCACCUGCUGAGCUCACGGGACGAACUCCUCUCGAGAACUUACUUUCUUGCCAUCAAACUGGCGCAGAACCGCUCAACGCCGCAGUCAGAAAGGAGUCUGCUGGUCGCAACUUUCGAACUUUGGAUGUCGGUCCGACUGACAACGAAAUCAUUCGAAAUCGUCGGCGAUGACACCCUGGGCAUGCCACGAAACAUUAUCGACGACAAGGACAGCCCGCUGCACGGGAAGAUCCCUCUCCCACCCGUAAUGGGCGCGCAAAUCGACUCGGUCAUCAUCCACCAGAUUCAGCCUCGUCUUCGCCGCAAGACGCUCGAGGAGCUGCAGAAGAUGACGCAGGAAAAGAAGCAAAAGACGUGGCUCACGACAUUUUUGGUAACGUUUAUCCUGUUGCACAACAUCGCCCUCAUAACCAAGCAUGAUGCGGACUAUGCCAGAAAGCAUGGACUACCGACGCGGUUUGCACGAGAGGCUAAUGUUAAGGAAUAUAACCUGGGGGCGAAUACGUUGCUUGCCUACUUCCACUACUGUAACAAAGCUAUAUACCCGUUCUCUCGCGAGUGCAAAGAUCAGGACUUGCAAACUCUGGCGGAACUUGACGACGAGGCGCUCGCAUUCGUUCACUUCGUCAGGGAAUCGGUUGCAAAGAAGAAGGAGGAGUGGGAAAAGUUGUGGGCUCAUGACGAAUACGAACACGAGUACUACUACGUGUCGCAGCUUUUUGAGCACAACUGGCAACCACGAACUAUGGCAUAAAUAUUCCGUUUGGGUUAGACUAGGCGUUUGGUGCGGUUUUCCGUCUGGCCUCAUGGUGUCGGUUGUUGGGUGGGUGUUGGAGUUCCGAAGGAGAGGGUCGUGAGAUGAGUCGCCUGAACGGAUCAUUCGUGGGUUGGAAGUGGUAGCAACAUAAGGUUCUGGCGCUGGCUGUUUGUCCGAUGAGAGAAGCGGUCGCUGGCAGCCGGGAUGGUUCCCAAACUGGAUUCCAGGCACGACGGUUGUGCCGCGAGAUACGAGAUAUGUACUGUACGGAGUGCAUACCUGACAGAAUCCAACGUGUUCCCCAAUCUUCCUCUCCCACAAUCGUACAACCUGCCUGAGAGUGUCGUGCGAGUCUCUAUUUGGGCCCGCCCGAGGAAACGCUACAC